CUGCCGGGAAGUGUGUGGAGCCCGCGAGGAAGCUGUGAGAAACUGCGUAGAUCUGUGGCGCAGAUGGAGCCGUUGGAAAGCCCCACGGGCCUUAGGAUGCCUUUGGCAAAAAGUGGGGCCGGAGUCUACCAGCGGUAGCGUGGGCGAGUUUCCUUUAAGCCGGCGUCCUACGCACUGACUUCAAAAACUGCCCAGCUUGUGAUUUCCCAGACUGCUAAUGAGUCCCAGACCAAUCCUUGAUCUCCAAGGCUGUAAAACCGGUCCUCUUGUAAAAGACGAGUUCUUGCUCGUCGCCUUAGCUCCGUUCUACUGUUUUUCAGAAUGUCCUCGCUGAACUAAUUGCAACCCGCUGGUCCUCGCUUGGGCCUUCUGAAGCCCAAAGUUUUCCUGUUGUUACAGUUUGAACGCGUCAGCAAGCCUACAGUCAUCCCCAUGGGUUGAGUGAGCCAAGGUCCCCCAUCUCUGCUUUGGGGACCUCCUUGGACCCUAUCUGGUGACAUUUCCUUGAUGAGCCAGUGGCAGAAGCCCCCAGCAGUUCCAGCUCUGCAUCUGGUUGGGAAGGAAUUCCAGAUGCUGCAUCUUGCUGUGAGACCAGCACUGCUGAGGAAGCUGCAGGUGGAGCAGGCACAAGUUCUACAGGUAGAAAUUCAGCAUUGGUGGCAGCAGGGCCUGCAGCUACAAGGAGAGAAAAGAUCACCAACCAUGCAUGUUCCUUCCCAGGGCCAAAUCUCCCCACCGACUGCCAAGACAGCCAUGUGUACCAACACAGUCCCGGCAAGUCCUCUGAGAUUGCAUCCCACAGUGACUGCCGAGUGUCUCGAUAUUCCUGGGUCACUCAGCAUUUGGAAGCUUUGCUGUGUUCCAAGGCACACCUCUCCCCAUAGGCCCACAGGCCUAUACAUCUGUCCUCUCACUUUGCAUCCCACAGUGACUGCCGAGUGUCUCAAUAUUCCUGGGUCACUCAGCAUUUGGAAGCUUUGCUAUGUUCCAAGGCACACCUCUCCCCAUAGGCCCACAGGCCUAUACAUCUGUCCUCUCACUUUGCAUCCCACAGUGACUGCCGAGUGUCUCGAUAUUCCUGGGUCACUCAGCAUUUGGAAGCUUUGCUGUGUUCCAAGGCACACCUCUCCCCAUAGGCCCACAGGCCUAUACAUCUGUCCUCCUUACCUUGAGGCUCCACCUUAGGGGGCUCAGGAGGCUUGAGCUGGCCCAGAAUUUCAGAUGGUUGAUCUAUCUCAGAGGGAAGAUCCACUGAGGAAUCAAGAACACAAGGGGUUGACCUGGAGAAGACAGGGAGGUAGCAGAGUGAAAGGCCUGCCUUUCUCCCACACUCUCUGCCCUGUCCAACUGAAGAAGGGAAAAGUUGGCCUGAUGACCACUCUGUGCAGUGUCCAGCCCGACCAUCUCCCACCCCCAGCAGUGUAACACAUUUCCAGGGAGAUGGUUGACAGAAGGCUUGCUUAGUGGUGUGACACCUCUGCCCUUUCAGUGAAGCUUGACACUGUGUCUCUCCAGCCUCCCCACUGGCAGGUCACCUUGGUGAAGACAGAGCUUUGUAUGUGCUAUGUCUUUGCACUCAAGGGCACAGGCCUGCUGCUUCAUAAAAUAUCUGAGAAGGGAGAGGUCAGUCAGAGUCUGUGAGCAGGAGUGAGAGCUCAGUCUCUAGCUCACAGGGCAAUGUGUUGCCCAGUUCUCUGUGCCUCUGUAGAGCUCCUCUUGCACUGCUGUACAUCCACAUCUAGACAGUCAGGAGAGCAUUACAUCCACUGCAAUGGGAGCAAUACCUACUGGGUUACCCUGGGUGAACUGAUUGCUUUCAGAUUCCAUUGAAUCCCAAAAGGGCAAAGGUUUCUUCUGCUCUGUUUAGGAGCCAUGCCUGGAAAAGUGUCUUUCCAUAGUGUGCCUUUCCAUCUAUUGAUGGUACCACCAAGCUCUUGCAUGCUGUGUGUGUGGGUCUAGGCCCCGGCCAUCCCCAGGGGAUCCCUGCUCUGGGAACACCCUGACAGCCAUAGAGUGACUCUCCAGCCUCUUUUCAAAUAAUCAGAACAGCUUCCCCCAAGUGCAGGUCAGGGUGACCGGAGGCAAAGCUUCCCAGUGCAGACAGAAGCUUAUCCCUGAAAGGAAGCACACAGCAGGUCUUCUUCAGGGCCAAGUCCAGGGUCAACAUUUCCCACAAAGAUGCGAUUUCAUCCUCAGUGACCUGGCGAUCUUGAUCCACUUCACACUCUACUGUUUACAACUGAAGCUGGGAGAGGUACUUGCGCAUGGCCAAGCUCCAUGGGCUGCUAGAGAGGAACUCACCCUUCCGAUAUCAAGGCCUCUGAGGUGGAGAUGUUGGAGCUUAAGGAAUCCAGGAAAGAGAAGCCAAGGCUGGGGCAGCUGUCCAGGAAGGCUGGCUCCAGGAGCUCCAUCCCAGUGUGAGGCCCACCUGCCUGCAUUGUGCUUAUGGGGCAGACCUCUGCCAGGUGCUCUGCAGGCUCAAUCUGUAAACAGACAAUUGGGAGACAUGGAAUUGGUGUCCCACUCAUAGCUUCUCAGGGAGGUUUGAGGCUGAACCAAAGCCCACACUCCCAAUGUUCCACAGAGGCUUAUUUAGCUCCUGAGGUACCCCAGCAGUAAAGGGAUUCUCAUAUUAGAAGUUAACUUCAUUAGCUGUGGAGAGGUUGUAUGUAUCUCCAUGCAUGAAGAACAAUCCAUGAGUCCAGAGACAGCCUCCCAUUGUAGAGAUGAGAAAACAGAUGCUCAUCCUAGUUCGAUCAGUCCAUUGACAAAUUUUCCCCAACUUUUUGAUGAAAUGUCCCCAGAAAACUGUUACAUCUUGCUUCUUGAGCCUUCAAAUGUAGAGUGGCUGAGUUUACUGCCACCCUGAUACAAUAUCAUUUAGCCAAAGGGAGGCGCCACCCUGUGACCUGCAGUGGCUGUGGAAGUUCCAAUAAGCUCUAGAGAAUAGGGCAGGGCAGCAAGGAUCUGACAUUUUAGGUUAGCACAUCUUUGUUGAUAUAUAGAGCUAGAGACAUUCUGCCAACUGCCGCACAGACCCUGGGCCCAGGAGUUAAAUGAGUAGGCAGAAUUCAAGCAUGACAAGAAAGUAAGUCACUUAGUGUACACAUCCCUAUUCUGAUACUCCCACCUUGCACAGUGACCUUGAACCUGGCCAAAGCAGAGGCAGAGCAGGAGUGUGUGGUGGUUGAAGACAGGGACGGCAGAUUGCUUUGGGAGCAAGAUCAUUGGCCUGCUGUUUCCCAAACCCUGGAGGGAGAUGCUGAAGGUGAUAUCUGGCCCUGAAGGUCUCUGUGUCCUCCACGGGCCUUGUGUUCACACACACACCCUGAGCUUGAGCUGGCACCAGUUGUUAGUGUGGGUCCUAGUGGCUGGUGCAGGGCCAUGUCAUUCAGGCCCCCAGUGACCAGCUCCCCAGUGACCAGCUCCACGCUGACCUCCUGUGAGCAGCUCAUUGGGGCAGUCCCCUGUUGCUGGCAGGAAACACAGCCUCCGUCCGGGCACCAUUUUCACCUCUCCCCACCCCAGAAGAUAACUUUGUGCUCCCCAAGUCACAAUCAGCCCUGUCACAGGCUUCUACUUCAGGAGAACAAGAGAUGACUCUCCAGCCUGCCCUUCUCCUGUGAGCUCUGUCCUGGGUGGGACUGUGAUAGGACCCCAGACUCAUAGCCUGACAACUCCUGAUCCUGUCAAGGUUCACUUUGAUCAGUGACCUGUCCCUCAAACCCAGCCCCAAACAGACUGAGGAUGAAAUGUUGGAAUUUUUUAGGGGACUCUCAAUGUUGGUCAGUUAUAAGCGGCCUGGCAUUGGUGACUUCGAAUAGGUGAUGAUGGGCAUACAUAAGGACAGCUGUCCUGGGCUCUCUUUUACGUCUGAGCACCUAGAGGCUGUAGCUGCUGAGCCCAGCCUUGAACAGCCCAUGACAUUCGCACAGUUCCUAGUGAGCUUCCCAAAGCAUCUGGGCCAAGUGAACCAUCUUCUCAUUCCUUUCCUCUUGGUUUCUCUGCAUGGGGUCUUGAGGCUGGAGCCUCGACACCUGGGAAAGCAACAAAACAUGCUCAGUUCGACUGUUUCCAGCUGUGUCUGGAAAGGCAGUUGUCACUAGGCUAAGGUGCCUGGUGACCACAGGGUUCUGAGUUCUGUUUGGCCCGUUGCCAAGGAAGUGAGGUCAUAUGCUGGUAUCUAUAACUGAAACUCACCUCUGAUAAGACUAUCACCCCCUUUAUUCAAUAUUCUGAUUUCACUUUUUUACCAUAAUGCCUCUUGUUAUCUUCAAAAGAAUUGCCCAUAUCGUCAGGCACAAUAUUUGAACAAAACAAUACAGAACAAAACCAAUAAAAGAAAAACAUUGUAGACAUUAAAGACUACAAAAGAAGAUAAUAGUAAACCAGAAUAGUAAACUGGAAUGCUAUCAUAGUGUGGAGGAUGAAGAGCUACUUUGAGGCUCUGGCCCCCUCGUGACCUGCAAUAAACAAUAGCGCCCCCCCCCCCCCUAUGCAGGACAGAGACGGGAUGGGAAGGCCCGACCCCAGUGAGGGAACAUGUUCCCCCCUCUGAGCCCAUACUGUACUUGGCUUUGUUUGCAGAGUCAUGAGGAGGUGGCCGACCUUCAGGUGGCUAGAAAGAACAAACAUAAUUAAAAGCAUUCUUGGGCUAAUGGGAUUCCUCCUGGGUUAGUGUGACUAGAAGAACUGUUUUUGUUUGUUUAACUUAGAGAGAAACAUUGUAGUUGGUCACAAAUCUUGUUACAAAGAAUGUUUUUCAAGAUAAUUGCCUGUGCCCUGUGAGUUGACCUGGUUUACUAUAUAAGAGCCCUGAAAUAAAGACUUGGUGUGCAGUUGCAA